UUAUAGACCUAACAAAAGACUAUGUAGCAAAUGAAUUUUGGUAAGAAUAGGAAACGUGUCGAAACAGUAAUAUUAGAGUAAUAACAUGGACCUAACAAGAGGUAAACUGGAAACGCUGUUUGAUUUCUUGCGUUAUAGGCAGUAUGACGAUGUACAUAAGAUUCUCGAUGAUGCCUCGGACGAAUACAGGCAGCUAUUUAGAGAAUUGAAUAGGGAAGAGAAAAGGAAAGUAAAUUAUGUUAUGUCGAUGAUAGAUUAUUGUCGAACUGGCAAAUGGAUUCUGGCAGGGAAUCAACUAGGUCCUGCUGAAGAAGAAUACUAUAAAUAUUUCUACAGAAAGCGUUCAUCCUAUAGAGAACAAUCGUUCAAAACGCUUAAGUUCAAUCUUCAGCCCAAUGAAAGGAAGGGCAGUAGCCAGUUUAAUAAAAGCAAUAGCACGAUAAGACCUGUGUCAGAAACAUAUCCACGCGGAUGGAAGGGAGAUAGCAAGUUUGAUAAAAACAAGAUCACGUCAAGACCGGCGUCAGAAACAUAUGCACAGAGAAAAGAUAUGGCGUUGGGGUCAAAUUUAUUAUAUAAACGGAAAAUGCCAAUGAGGAAGCGUCAUGUGACAGAUCUAAGGGAUCUCAGUGACAUACAAAAAAUUGCUGGAAAGUUGGAGGAAAUAUAUCACAACGAAUGGGCAGAUGCUCUUGAUGAAUUGGAACACUUUAAGAUAGAUGAGUUUAACUCUAUUAAGUGUCUUCUUAAGAUACUGUUGGAUGCAUACUAUAUAUCAGUCGUUGAGGCGGACACGCAAAUAACAAAGUUGGAAGAUGCUGCAAGCAAAAUACUUUUGGAGGGAGCCUAUGCAACGUCGUAUGGUGAAGAGCUAAAAGAUCAAAGGUCGUUAUUGGUGAGAUACAGAAUGAGGAUCGCAAAUAUAUGCGUAGAUCGGUUGCAAGAAACGUUCAGACGUCGUUAUCUACCAGAGAUCAUCCGCACAGUAGGAGUAUACCAAAACCUUCCCAUACAAGGACCUGUUCAUACAUACGCCAGUCAGUGUGUGGCUAUCAGCUGGGCAAUGGCUGUACAAUAUCCACAGGCAUAUCUUGCAGACGACAGGGAUAGGCAAAGACUCUUCAAUAGAGAGUUUUAUGACACAUACACGAGAUCUGGCCAAUCUGUUGAUUUCUUUGUCUGGCCGCCAUUGUUAACUCAUAAAAACGGAAAACUGGUUUCUAAGGGAAUUGCACAAGGACUGUAAAAUACAUGACAUGUUUAAUUACGAUAUUGUUUAUCAUUUUGUAAAUUUUGCUCGUACUAUACACACGAGAAAUCUGAAUUGGUAUCAGAUUUGUUUUAUUCGAUUGUUGAUUUAGACAUCGUAAUUGUGUGUAAUUUCAUUUUUGUUUCUUUUAUAUACUUUUAUGUUCCUUAAUGAGUGGCAGUAGCCACGAGUGAAAUAUGAUAAUUUUCAUACCACAAGGUGAAAAAUCCUGUAUUUAUGGGAAAAACUUAAAUUUUCUGUUAAUUAUAUACAUUAUCUUUUCUGAUGUAACAGUGCAUCAAUUUUGUAAAUUGACCGAGUUUAGAAGAAAGUGGUUCGGCAAGACACCAGUGAAAAUACGGAAAAUAUGUUUCACAGCAGUAAAAUAAAUCUUUAUAGUGAAAAUACGGAAAAUGAAAAUAAAAGUUUUAUUUCAUCAAUAUUUCUCAAUAUUUCAUUAAAAAGUAUAUAAAAAUCAAAUAUA